UUGCAGGUCUCGGCAUUGCGAUGGUAGGGCCACAUUAACUUAUCGCCGACCCGGAAAGCAGUGUGGUCAUCGCUCUGGUUUCGUACCGCACCCAGGUAGAUGUCCGGGCUAUUCACAACUCACGGACUAGCUUGUUGUCCCUGCGAACAUAUGUGUCUAGGUACCUUCUUGGGUGAUAUAGCCAGGUUGUUAAAAAGGAGGAUCGGUCGGCCGCAACUAUAAAUACCCCCUUCUUCCCCGAGAAAACUGCAUUCUUCUUUCAAGUCAGCAUUUUAAAUAUUUAUCCAAGGAAAGGGAUUAUUAGCUGAAACUUUUCAUAAACAAACCAUAUUCAUAAAGCUUCUGAAGUCCCUUUUGUUUUUGCCUUCUCCCUCUUGAUAUUUACUUCCCUGCAUAAUAUUCCUAGUUAGCGACGGCAGCAAAACAGAGAAACAGCACGAUGGCGACAGCAGAUAUCCUCACCCCUACCUCCUUUCCUAUGGCUCCGGGCCACAUGCCUUCUUCCAGUUACGAUGACGAGGUCAACGCAUUGAAGGGCACCACCAAUGGCACAGUAGUACCUUCCCAGGCCGAGGAACCAGUUCGGUUUGAUGCCCAAAAACAUAUUCAAUAUAGUCCACCGCUCAAGGUCCACACCAUGAAGGAACUUGGCUAUAGCGAUGAUGUUGGAGUCUCCUCGAUCGGAGUUUCCGAGCCAUUCCCUCUGUUCACUCCUGAAGCGAUUAACCAAAUGCGAAAGGAGAUCCUUAAUGAAAAGGUCUGGGAACACUAUCAAUUCUCCAGCAACCUUGCGCAUUGUCAAUUGCGCGGGUAUGCCGCCGAGUAUGCUCCAUUCGUCUAUGACGCAUGGCAGAGUCCGGAUGUCCUGAAAAUCGUUUCAAAUAUUGCUGGCAUUGACCUCGUCCCCGCAAUGGACUGGGAAAUAGCCCAUAUCAAUAUCUCCGUGCCAUCUCAGGCCGAUAAGGGUCAAAACCUUACUUCUGAGGACGACGACGAACCUAUCGUCGAUUGGCAUACAGACAGCUAUCCAUUCGUCUGCGUUACCAUGCUCAGCGAUUGUACCAACAUGGUGGGCGGCGAGACUGCAUUGCGCAAGGGAGAUGGGUCGAUUGUGAAAGUCAGAGGGCCACAGAUGGGAUGUGCUGUGGUGCUCCAAGGACGAUACAUCGAACAUCAAGCUCUGCGUGCUCUGGGUGGGACAGAGAGAAUCACGAUGGUAACAUCUUUCCGUCCGCGCUCGCCAGCCCUGCCAGACGACACUGUUUUGACAACUGUUCGAGCCAUAUCCGACCUGUCAGAGCUUUACUUCCAGUUCUCCGAGUACAGGCUUGAGAUAUUGGAAGAACGCGUCCGGAUGCAGCUUAAAGAAAUCCGCGACCGGAAAAAGGCCCGUCGAAACUUCAACACCAAGGCGAUGAAGAAGUUCCUGCUCGAACAAGAGAAAUUCUUAGCCCACAUGAACAAAGAAAUGGUUGAAGACGAACUGGUGACGAAGGGCUUUACGGACGAUAGCCAUUUGAUCUCAGAAGAGCUUAAGGAGCGUCAUAAGAAACGAACUUCCGAUGAUGGCAAGUAGGCUGGUGGGAUUAUUGUUUUUUGCAGGAAUUCUGGCAGGAAGGCCCAAUGUCAUUGGUCGUGAAAAAAAAUGAGCGUAAUUACUUUUCCAUCGAAGAGCUUGACCGUGAGUGGUAAUUGCUGUGGCGUGUAUUGGACUUAGGGAUAGUUGACUAUUGCUUCUGUUCAUCGUUGAAGAAAAUAUUGCCCGGGUACAUUGUCGCAUUGGGGAGCAUUGGAUAUUAAUUGUUGCUUCGGGUUUUCGAGUUUCAAAAAAUUGGUCCAGCAGUUAAUUAUAAUUAUAUAGUGGUGCAUAGGAUUCCAAAUUGCAGUUGUUGCCCAUUCGAUUUGGAAAAAGGUUUUGCGAAGUGAGGCGCAAGGCUAUUUAUCAGAGCAGAUCCGGAAUAGAAGUUGAAGUCGCGUAGGGUUUUCCAGUUCACAUGAACGGCCAGACAGUAAAUACUAUCUCUGACGAUAAGCAAAAGAGUAUAAUAUAAAAUAAAAUAAAAUCAAUAAAAUGGCAGCGUAUUGAAAACCAAGA